UAAUGAAGGCGACUCUGAAUUGGAAGCAUGAAACAAACAAGAAGCCGAGGGCCGAAGCAACUUUCACGGUCCCUGCCGGCGAGGUCAAGCUCCAAGCUACAGUUACAGAAGCCUCUAUCUUAAAUAAAGGUCCGAGUUUGGAAGGAUUGGUUCUGGCUCUUGAGAAACCUGAUGCCUUCAAGGUCGACUACAAUGUUCUGAAACAGGAUUAUAAUUUCAAGUUUAUGAACACAAUUAGGGUUUUAGAGAAGCCAUUGAAAUUUACAUACAAACAUGGGUCGAAGGACAAAAGCACAGAUUUAGAUGCAACGUUGGAAUUAGAUAAUGAUAAUAAGGUUUCUGCUGAUUGCACCUUUGGCUCCGAUAAAAAUAAGUGCAAGUUGAAUUACACUUACAGUCACAAGGGACUGAUGACCACAUUGAAGCCUUCAUACGAGGUGGUUCACAAUUCCUGGGAUUUAGCAGUUUCACAGAAACUUUACGAUAAUAACACACUUGAAGCAUCCUACAAUACAUCAAACGACAAUUUGGGGCUUAGUUGGUCGCUGGCUUCAAAGCGCAUUGGUACUUUCAAGGCCUCAUACGAGACAACAGGCAACAUCCUUGGACUGAAAUGGGAGUUGGAUUCAAAACCUCGUGGCUGUUUUGAGAUUGGAGCAUCCUUAAACUUGGAUGAGGAAUUAAAAGUUCCCAAUGUUAGUGCCAAAGCCACUUUUGAUUUUGAUAUAUAGUGUGUGCUUCUAUUUAUAUUUUUACCCUCUCUCAUUCUGUUACUUGAUAUGACUUGUAUAUUAUAAAUAUUAGAACUCAUUUUCCUUUUGAGAAAAUACAAUC